AUGAAGGAUCAAAAGCUGUUGUGGGUGGGCCUCGUCUUUGUGGCCCUGGCGGUCGUUGGCUUCAUCUUCAUUGAUUUCACGCCCAGCGGCUGGGCGCACGAGCACAAGUACGAGGAUGGUGAGGAGGUCUACUUGUGGAUGAACAAAGUGGGUCCCUUCCCCAACCCGCAGGAGACCUACCCCUACUACUCUCUGCCUUUCUGCCACCCAGACAAAUUGAUCCACUCUGACACAGAGGGUCUUGGCGAAGCGCUUGUCGGAUACGAUCUGAUCAAGAGCAUGGUCGAGAUUUUCUUCAAGAGGGACAUCGAGAGGAAGCCUAUUUGCUCCAAGUCGUUAACGAAGUCUGAGUACGAGGAGUUCAGGGAGGCCAUCCUCGAGCAGUACUGGUAUCAGAUGUACCUGGACGAUCUUCCCGUGUGGGGAAUGGUUGGCGAGUCUUACGAGGACGAUGCCGGUGAGAAGAAGGUCUUCAUAUACACUCACCAGAAGUUCUCCCUCUCCUGGAACGGCGACAGGGUCAUCGAGGUCAACCUUACCUCGGAGAACCCUGUUGUUCUUGAGGCCGGCUCGCCUCUCCAGUUCACCUUCUCCGUGAACUGGCAGGAGACCAGCACCUCCUUCGAUGACCGAUUCAGGAAAUACCUCGACAAGAGCUUCUUCGAGCACCAGAUCCACUGGUUCUCCAUCUUCAACUCCUUCAUGAUGGUCAUCUUCCUUGUUGGCCUCGUGUCGCUCAUCUUGAUGAGGACCCUCAAGAGGGAUUAUGCCCGCUUCGGCAAGCUCGACGACGAAGAUGCCGACAGGGACGAGGACGUUGGUGACGAGUCCGGCUGGAAGCAGAUCAAGGGCGACGUCUUCCGCUCGCCUCCCCGUCUCCUUCUGUUCUCCGCUCUCGUGGGCACUGGCCACCAGUUGGUCAUCCUGGUCUUCUGCUUGCUCUGCCUUGCUGCUCUUGGCACCUACUACGCCCAGAGGGGAACCGUCGUGACUGCUUUCAUCGUUUGCUACGCGCUAACCUCCUUCAUCGCUGGUUACGGAGGCGGUGGCUACUACGCCCGAAACGGCGGCAAGAAGUGGAUCAAGUGCAUGUUCGUGACGGCUAGCUUCCUGCCCGGCAUUGCCUUCUCCAUCGCUUUCAUGCUCAACACGAUCGCGCUUUCCUACGGCUCGCUCAACUACAUCCCGCUAGGCACUCUGAUCGCCGUCUUGGCCAUCUGGUCGUGCAUCUCGCUGCCGCUCACUCUGGUCGGCACUGUCGUCGGCAAGAACUGGAACGGUACCCCGGAGAAGGUGCGCAUCAACCAGGUGCCCCGCCAGAUUCCCGAGAAGAGGUGGUACUUGCAGCCGUGGGUGCACAUCCUGCUCGGCGGCGUCCUCCCCUUCGGUUCCAUCUUCAUCGAGAUGUACUUCAUCUUCACCUCGUUCUACAAGUACUACUACGUCUACGGUUUCAUGCUCUUGGUCUACGUGAUCUUGAUCAUCGUCACCGUUUGCGUGACCAUCGUGUCUACGUACUUCUUGCUCAACUCGGAAGACUAUCGCUGGCAGUGGACCUCCUUCCUCUCUGCUGCCUCCACUGCUGGAUACGUUUUCCUGUACUCCGUGUACUACUUCUACAUGAAGACGAAGAUGUCGGGCUUCUUCCAAACAGUUUUCUAUUUUGGCUACAUGGCUAUGUUCUGCCUCGGACUGGCGACCCUCUGCGGCGCGAUCGGCUUCAUCGGCACGUCGAUGUUCGUGAGGAGGAUCUACACCAUGAUCAAGGGCGACUAG